GAACUCAAGCCUAAUCAAGCUCUGGCUUGCUACCCUCUCCAUUUCCAUCAACCACGUCUUAUCUCAUCUUCUCAUACACUGACUACCAGCAACAAAUUCCCACUUUACAGGUUCGGAUUUGUAAACAUAUGCGAUGAUAUUGGAAACUAGGGUUCCGAUUUGAAAAGGAUUUUGCUAUUAUCAAUCGAUUCAUCCUUCACAUCUCCAUCCCUCUGCUUGCUGGUUCAGCAGAGCUACACUGCAACUGAGAAAGAAAAUGUCAGUUUUCUUAUCUGCUUCACCACUUCUUUCUUCAAGAACUCAAACCCUCAUUCUAAACCUACACACUUCACAAUCCCACGCAUCAAUUCCGCUCAAUUCUACUGGUAAUCAAACAACACACUUGCCCUCUAUUCGUUCAACUCCUCUUAAAGGUUUAAACAAUAAACCCUUCAACAACAAAAACCCAUAUGUUACAUUAUCAGCAAACUCUAGUUCAUCAGCAACACAAACAAUCAACGAUUCAGGUAAAAGUUCAAGAAAAAGACAUAAAAAGCAACCACUUUUAAGCGAGGGAAGAGACGAUGACGAAGCUUUAGGGCUUGUUUGUCCGGGAUGUGGUGUUUUUAUGCAAGACGAUGAUCCUACUCAACCUGGGUAUUAUCAGAAAAAGAAAGUAGAACCAACAGAUGUGUUUGAAGAUGAGUUUGUUUUGGAUGAUAUAGAAGGUGAGUUAGAAGAUAUUGAUGAAGGGGAAACCGAAAUCGAGAGUAAAUUUGAUGAUAUUUCUGAUGAUGAUUGGGAGAUUGAUGAUGAGAUUGACUGGGAAUCAGAUUUUGAAGAUGACGAAGAUGAUUUGAAGGAAUUAGAUGGGUUUACGGCUCCGGGUGUCGGGUAUGGUAAUAUCACUGAGGAAGUACUCGAAAAGGCGAAAAAGAAAAGGGUAUCAAAAUCAGAGAGGAAAAGAUUGGCUAGAGAAGCUCAGAUGGAGAAAGAGGAGGUUACAGUUUGUGCAAGAUGUCAUUCUUUGAGAAAUUAUGGUCAGAUUAAGAAUCAACUUGCUGAGAACUUAAUACCCGAUUUUGAUUUCGACAAAUUGAUUAGUACCCGGUUGAUGAAACCGACAGGAAAUGCAGAUUCCACAGUUGUGGUAAUGGUGGUUGAUUGUGUGGAUUUUGACGGUUCGUUUCCGAAACGAGCUGCUAAGUCUUUGUUUGAGUCAUUAGAAGGUGGUCGUGACGGUUUGCAGAGAAGCAAAAAGUUGCCUAAACUGGUUCUUGUGGCUACGAAAGUCGAUCUCUUGCCUUCGCAGAUAUCGCCCACUAGAUUAGACAGAUGGGUUCGGCACCGUGCUAGGGCUCAUGGUGCACCUAGGUUAAACGGGGUGUAUCUGGUUAGUUCGCGUAAGGAUUUAGGUGUUAGAAAUUUGCUGACUUUUGUUAAGGAUUUGGCUGGACCUCGAGGGCAUGUGUGGGUGAUUGGGGCACAAAAUGCUGGUAAAUCGACAUUGAUUAAUGCGUUUGCUAAGAAAGGAGGGGUGAAAGCGACUAAGCUUACUGAAGCUGCGGUUCCUGGGACGACUCUUGGUAUUUUGAGAAUUGGAGGGGUAUUAUCUGCUAAAGCGAAAAUGUAUGAUACACCGGGGUUGUUGCAUCCGUAUUUGAUGUCUAUGAGAUUGACUCGAGAGGAGCAAAAGAUGGUUGAGAUACGAAAGGAGUUACGCCCUCGAACUUAUAGAAUCAAGCAAGGGCAGGCGAUACACGUUGGUGGUCUAAUGAGACUGGACCUAAAUGAAGCAUCCGUGCAGACAAUAUAUGUUACAGUUUGGGCCUCCCCGAAUGUUUCUCUACAUCUUGGGAAGAUUGAAAAUGCAGACGAAAUUUGGAACAAACAUGCCGGUGUUAGAUUACAACCACCGAUUGGUGUAGAUCGCUUAUCUGAGUUAGGGAAAUGGGAGUCAAGGGAAGUCAAAGUGUCUGGAACAAGUUGGGACGUGAACAGUGUUGACUUAUCGGCUGCGGGUCUUGGAUGGUUUUCUUUGGGUUUAAAAGGUGAAGCUACCUUAACAUUGUGGACGUUUGAUGGCAUUGAGAUAACAACUCGAGAACCCUUAGUACUUGAUCGUGCACCGUUUCUUGAAAGACCUGGCUUUUUGCUCCCAAAGGCCAUAUCGGAUGCCCUUGCUAACCAAAGCAAAACUCAGUCCCAAAAAGAAGACGCGCUAGUCUAGUCUUUAGUCCUUGCUUUGCGCCAAACAUACUUGUUAUUCUGGCGACACCAAAGGCAAUGCCUGGCUAUUUUCUUCAUGACAAGUAUGUGAGCUUUUUAUUGCAUAUAUACACGUGACAAAUUUGGUUCUUCGGUUUUUUAGCGCCACAUAGCUUUGUUGUACUUCAUGUAGUUUUUAAAUGUCAUUUGUUCCUUUGAUUUGUAUGAUG